AUGCCUUACCCCGACGAAGCUGAAGGUUUCCAGGUUGACAGCCCUGAGACUUUCACCACUUUCCACAAGAGAUUUUUCAAGCUGAAGCCUUUUGGUGAUUACGCUGCCAGCAUGACGUUUGCGAUGGCUGACACAAUCCGCUUAGAUGUCGACAUCAAGGUUGAAGCGUGCGGUAUCUGCGGUAGCGAUGUGCACACGAUUAGUGGUGAGUCUUGGGUUUGGUCCAAGAAAGAAGUUCAAAGGAUAGCCCCGCUCACGGCGUUGUUCAGGUGGUUGGGGAGAGCAGAAAUUCCCCCUUUGCAGAUCGUCGGCCGUGCAAUUCGCGUUGGCCCCAAAGUGACCCUGAUCAAGGAAGGCCAGCGUGUCGGCGUCGGCGCUCAGUCCUACUCCUGCGGUGAAUGCAAGCAAUGCAAGAACGACAACGAGACCUACUGCCCGGUCCUCAUGAUCGACACAUACGGCGCCGAGUGGCCCGAGACGGGCAUCGUCAGCCAGGGCGGCUACUCCUCCCACGUUCGCACCCACGAGCACUGGGUGUUUCCCAUCCCCGACGCCCUCGAGACCAACCUCGUCGCCCCCAUGCUCUGCGCCGGUCUGACCGCAUACUCGCCUCUGGUCCGCAACGGGGCCGGGCCCGGUAAGAAGGUCGGUAUCGUCGGCCUGGGAGGCAUCGGCCACUUUGGCGUGAUGUUCGCCAAGGCGCUGGGCGCGGAGGUCUGGGCCAUCUCCCGCAGUCGGGCCAAGGAGGCCGAUGCGCGCAAGCUUGGUGCGGACGGAUACAUCGCCACGGCGGAGGAGGGCUGGGAAAAGCCUCACCGGUUCUCGUUCGACCUCAUCAUCAACUGCGCGAACUCCUCCGAGGGCUUCGACCUGUCCAAGUACCUGUCUAUGAUGGAUGUGCAUGGCCGCUGGAUCAGCGUCGGUCUGCCCGAGGAAGAAGGCCAGGUCAUCAAGGCGCAGCACCUCAUCUCGAACGGAGUUCUGAUCGGAGCGAGUCAUCUGGGCAGCCGGAAGGAGAUGCUGGCCAUGCUUCAACUGGCGGCCGACAAGGGCCUGAAGAGCUGGGUGGAGGAGCUGCAGAUCGGUGAGGAGGGUCUCAAGGAGGCGAUGCUCCGGAUGAAGAAGGGAGAUGUUCGCUACCGGUUUACCCUGACUGGUUAUGACAAGGUCUUUGGUCAAUAA